CAUAUAAAUGCGUAAAAAAAUCACGAUCAGUAUAUAAAAGCGAACAUUUGCCUACGAGCUACGAUCAUUUGCUAGCGUGCAUUAUUAGAGGGACCGUUGCUAGAAACCAAAUUGCAGGAAAAUGAUAAAGUUUGUGUGUGUGUUUGCAUUGUUAGCCGUUAGUUGUCUAGCCAUCCCGAUUGAAGAACAACAUCCCAAACUAUCGCGCCCCUCUCCCAUCAACCCAGAUGUGCCCAGUGACCCGAAACCAGUAGAAGUGAAGGAAGUUUCCAAGUCCUCUGCCACCGUUGAAAGCCACAUCCAGAAAGUCCCUGCUGCCGGGGUUAAGCUUAGCAUUGAAGUAGCGAAAAAUGAGGAAACCUCAACGACGAGUAGCAGCAGCAGCAGCGUGACCACGGAACAGUCAACCAAGACCAAUCCGAAACGAUCGGUUGACUCUGAUUCGAAUGCAGCUGCGAAGCCACCAGCCUUCCGUCGCAAUCAGCCAUCCACUACGACUGAGCAGCCCAGCAGCACUACCCCCAGCAGUACGACUUCGAGCCCAGUCUCGGUGAAAACCCCGAUCAGUACGACGCGCUCUAAGCGUGAGGUCGAUAUCACUGCCGCCACGGCCAGCAGUACAGGUACUACGCCAACCAAACGAACCACGACGGCCGCACCUACCAGCAAUAACGACGACAAGGAAGGACCCCACUUUGUGCGACCAGUUCCAGUGGAUCAGAUACUGAAAAAUCUUAACCAACCGGAAAAGGCUACCGGUUCGGUGGCGGUGGCGGUACAGCACAAAACAGAAAAGUCGCAGGACGAAAAGCAGUCCAACGAAUCGUCGGAGGAAGUUCCACCGAAGGAGGAAGGAACCGAGCAGAAGGCACAUCAACAGACACAUCCCGUAAUUCGGCAGCAGGGUGCCUAGUGCGUAGGCUGCAGUGCAACGUUAUUUAAUUCGCUUUUGUUCUGUUUAUGUUUUAUGCAAAUAAAAUAUUCUUAAAUAUAUCGCUCGUCUAUCUAGAA